AUCUCAAUGACUUUAAAAGGAAAAACAGGAACUUAAUGGCCCCCAAUCUUCAAAAAUUUCUUUCCUGAACCCUCAAAUAAUCUCAUUCAAGAUUUAAAACGUUUGGGGGGGAGAUGGGGGGAAGAACAAUGGUGAUGAUGGCCAUCCUUAUGAUGGCCUGUGCUUCUUUUGGUUCCGGGUCCACCGAUCAGCACGAGAAAUGGACAUGGAUGUCAUCAGGUUCUGAUGGAUCAUCCUCUCCCUUGUCCUCGUCCUCAUCACCAUCGGUUUACACUCAAGCGGGACCGUCUUCAAUUGUUCUGCCGCUUUAUGGCAAUGUUUACCCCAAAGGAUUUUAUUUUGUCCAAGUGGAUGUUGGGCACCCUUCAAAGCCUUAUUUUCUUGAUCCGGAUACGGGAAGUGACCUUACUUGGCUUCAAUGCGACGCUCCCUGUGUCCAUUGUACAAGGGCACAUCACCCUUACUACAAGCCCAACAAUGACCUUGUGAUUUGCAAGGACCCCCUUUGUGCCUCUCUGCAUUCAGCUGAUUAUAAAUGUGACACUCUAGAGCAAUGUGAUUAUGAGGUCGAGUAUGCUGAUGGCGGUUCAUCUCUCGGUGUCUUGCUCAAUGAUGUCUUUUCUCUUAACCUUACCAGUGGGGUUGUGGUUAAACCUCAUCUGGCUCUCGGGUGCGGAUAUGAUCAGAUACAUGGUCCAUCUCACCAUCCUUCAGACGGGGUACUUGGCCUUGGAAAAGGAAGAACCAGCAUUCUCUCACAGCUAAAGAACCUUGGUCUGGUGAGAAACGUGGUUGGCCACUGCUUGAGUUCACGAGGUGGAGGGUAUCUUUUCCUUGGGGAUGAUGUUUAUGAUGCCUCUCGUGUCACUUGGACACCAAUGUCACAUGAUAUCACGAAUCACUAUGCUCCAGGGCCUGCAGAACUACUUUUUGGCAGUAAAAGUACCGGAGUAAAGAAUCUCCAUGUGGUGUUUGAUAGCGGGAGCUCUUUUAGCUAUUUGAAUACGCAACCGUACGAAGCUUUACUAUAUUCACUGGAGAAAGAACUGAGAGGUAAGCCCCUAAAAGAAGCAGAUGAUGACCCAACUCUACCCUUAUGCUGGAAAGGAAGGAAGCCUUUCAUGAGCAUCAGCGAAGUGAAGAAAUACUUCAAAUCCUUCUCACUCAGCUUUGCCAGUGGAUGGAAAUCCAAAACUCUGUUUGAGAUCCCCCCAGAGUCAUAUCUUAUCAUCUCAUCAAAGGGCAGUGUCUGCAUGGGAGUUCUGAACGGGACCGAAGCAGGACUGCAAAAUUUCAACAUUAUCGGAGAUGUGUCUAUGCAAGACAAAAUGGUGAUUUUUGACAAUGAGAAGAGCGCAAUAGGCUGGACUCGUGCAAACUGCGAUCGUCCCCCAGUGUCAAACAUUGUUUUCAUCUAAAUCUGGAGGAGUUUCGGUCUUCUUCUCUGUAAUAAUACAGUUAUUGGAAAAUGGUCAAAUAAGCUCUCCAGCUAUUUGAGUUAAUGCCAUUGAGACCUCCAAAUUACAAACUUUCGGUGAAAAUAUGAACUAAAAAAUCAUGCAAUUAAGGCAUUAAGCCAUCAAUGUUUACCUUUUAGCAGCCGUUAGCCCUUUCCGAACUGAAUAAUACUCUGUAUAUGGAUACUUUGUGGUUUGUGCAGAUGAUGCACCCGCAUAUAUCAAUCAAUAAUAAUAAUAACAUUAGGA